UGGGGCCUUGCCUCCGCCGCAUCCCUUCCAGCAGGGGCUCUCGUCGCCAUCAUAAAGAGCCCUCCCGACAAGAUGUCUGCCAACCUGAUGUCGUUCGGAGGAGGCGCCUUGCUGUUUGCCCUCUCCAUCGAGCUCUUCGGAGACGAAAAGCUGAAGAACCCGAGCAAGAGGCCCAGCACAAGCGUGGAGGCCGCGAGAGCGUCCGUUGAGACCCCCGAACUCCCCAACCAGAUCUUGGAGGAGAACGAAAUGGCCGAGGCGGUGGCUGAGGACCUCAGCAAGGACAAGAACGUUGCGCUCAUGAUCUGGCUCGGAAUUCUCAUCGACGCCAUCCCUGAGUCCAUGGUGAUUGGCUUUAUCGUCGCCGAGGGAUCUCGAAACCCCCUCGUCUUCGUCAUCGGCGUUUUCCUCUCCAACUUCCCUGAAGCCAUGGCGUCGGCUAACACCAUGAAGCACGUCGGCCUCAACACCGUCACCAUCUUGCUCCUCUGGACGUCUACCUGCGUCAUCACUGGCCUUGGUGCGAUGUUUGGGGCCGCGAUCAUGCCGAGCUCGGGCUUGAGCGGAGACUUCGAGCUCUUCGUGAAGGCCAUGGAGGGGCUGGCGGCGGGUGCCAUGCUGACCAUGAUCGCUCAGACUAUGCUGCCAGAAGCAUGCGAGAAGGGAGGAGCCCUGACGGGAAUCUUCUGCUCCUGCGGUUUUCUCUCAGCUCUGCUGGCGAAGCUC